AUGAUAACUGCAUUAUGCCCCAUCUCCGAAUCAAUUCUCGUGGAGGGUGCAUCUGAUUCGAGCCUCAAGAUCAUAAGAUUUCCUUCUCCUGAUCUGCUUCUAGACUUGAACGAGGCACUGGAUGGCUAUCCUCAGGCCAUUCCUUCAGUCCCUCAUUCGGUGCUUGGAAAAUGCUCUCAUCGAGCCGUGUCGGCCAUUGACUACAUGAACUCAGAGGUUGGUCUGGAAUGUGUAAAAUUGGUCGCUUCUGCCGGUAAUACAAUCGCUUCAUGGGACGUAUUACGGGGAAAGCGCUUGUCAUCGUAUUCUGGCAAUGGCCAAUACUACGCCUGCAAAUAUUUGAAUCAAAAUGUAGUCGGUGCAUGUGGCGAGAAUCGCGCAUUGAGUUUGUAUGACGUUCGUGCAAAAUCUGGCUCAAAACCGGUGUGGACUCUUGAUGUAGCUUCUGAUAACUUGUACACUCUCGCACCAGCAAAGCUGAAACAGAAAUGUUCCGAAAUUUAUCUAGGUGGCGCGGAUGGAAUUAUUUACGGGAUCGAUAUACGGAAUAGCACACAUUCACUCUGGGACAUGCCAGGAAGUUCUUUCGACACACCCAUGAACACGAACUCUCCCACAAACGCAAUACUAGACCUCUCUAUACAAUUAGAUGUCAUGGUCGUUCUACGCGAAAAUGGUGAUGUUUGCGGUUUGGAAUUGGAGAAGAGCCGUCGAGAGAGCACGCUACCGAAUUUACCUGGAGGAAAUGAAGACUCGCUCCUUAGGGACAUUGCUAGAAAUGGCUCUAGUUUAGCUAAGCAGCGACUUCUAUUUCAGAGGAAGGUUAGGCUGAAAAUCACGACCAGACUGAAUGCUGCUGUGCUGACAUUCAACGACUCGCUUAAUAUACUAGUGGGAGAUGAGGACGGGAAUGUGUCUACCCUCAAUUAUGACAAAACUGCAAAGAAGCUUCAUCCCACACGAAAAAUAGCCUUAUGCUCAACACCCAUCACACAAGUCCAUUGGGCUCCACAAGGAAUCUAUUACAACACCAUGGAUACUACGUAUCUCAGUCUAGUUGAAAACCUAUGA